AUGUCAUUGUUCCAGGUGGCCAAAGCUGUGUCUCAUUCCCUGAAUAACUGCGUCAACUGUUUGCCUGGCCAAAAAGAUGUGGACAUGGCUCUCAAAAGCAUCGGGGAGGCCAGCAAGAAACUGCUGAUUGAAACUAUCCCUCCGGCCUCUAAGUCGUUCCAGGAGGCCCAGAGUGAUUUGAACCAAACAGCAGCAGGCCUGAACCAGUCAGCGGGCGACGUGGUCCACGCCUCCAGAGGCUCCAGCAACCACCUCGCAAUGGCUUCUGGGAAGUUCAGUCAAGACUUUGAUGAGUUCCUGGAUGCUGGAAUCGAGAUGGCUGGACACACUCAGAAAAAGGAUGACCAGGUGCAGGUGAUUGGUAAUCUGAAGAACAUCUCCAUGGCGUCUAGCAAGCUGCUGCUGGCUGCUAAGAGUCUGUCCGUCGACCCCGCAGCGGCAAACGCUAAGAACCUGCUGUCUGCUGCCGCGAGAGCAGUGACUGACAGCAUUAACCAGCUGAUUACACUGUGUACACAGCAGGCGCCUGGCCAGAAGGAGUGUGACAACGCUCUCAGAGAGCUGGAGGCUGUCAGAGGAAUGCUGGACAACCCCAAUGAGCCGGUCAGUGACCUCUCCUACUUUGACUGCAUUGAGAGUGUGAUGGAGAACUCCAAGGUUCUCGGAGAGUCCAUGGCAGGGAUUUCUCAGAACUGCAAGACCGGUGAUGUGCCUGCUUUUGGAGACUGUGUGGGAUCAGCCUCCAAGGCUCUGUGUGGCCUCACUGAAGCUGCAGGACAGGCUUCCUAUCUGGUGGGUGUGUCUGACCCAAACAGUCAGGCGGGGCACGAGGGGCUGGUGGAUCCCAUCCAGUUUGCAAAGGCCAAUCAGGCAAUUCAGAUGGCCUGUCAGAACCUUGUUGACCCAGACAGCAGUCCCUCCCAGGUCCUGUCUGCAGCCACCAUUGUUGCUAAGCACACCUCAGCGCUGUGCAACGCCUGCCGCCUGGCUUCCUCCAGAGCGGCCAACCCAGUUGCCAAGAGGCACUUUGUGCAGUCGGCCAAAGAGGUGGCGAACAGCACUGCCAACUUGGUCAAAACUAUUAAGGCGUUAGAUGGCGAUUUCUCAGAUGAGAACAGGAGCAAGUGUCGGGUUGCCACGGGUCCUCUAAUCGAGGCUGUGGAGAACCUGACAACAUUUGCUUCGAACCCGGAGUUUGCCAGCAUCCCAGCUCAAAUCAGCGCCGAGGGCUCUGCUGCUCAGGAGCCCAUCCUCCAGUCAGCGUGCUCCAUGCUUGAUAGCUCCACCUACCUGCUCAAGACUGCACGCUCAUUGGUUAUCAACCCCAAAGACCCGCCCACCUGGUCUGUCCUGGCCGGUCACUCUCGCACCGUCUCCGACUCCAUCAAGAGCCUCAUCACGGCCAUCCGGGACAAGGCCCCAGGCCAGCGAGAGUGUGACUCAUCAAUUGAUAACAUCAACAAAUGUAUCCGGGACAUUGAACAGGCCUCUCUGGCAGUGGUCAGCCAGAACUUAGCCAGCAGGGACGACAUUUCACUGGAAGCACUACAAGAGCAGCUGACGUCCACUGUGCAAGAAAUUGGCCACCUAAUUGACCCCAUUUCCACUGCUGCCAGAGGCGAGGCUUCCCAACUAGGACACAAGGUGACUCAACUUGCUGGUUACUUUGAACCACUGAUCGCAGCGUCUGUGGGCGUGGCGUCUAAGCUGAGGGACCACCAGCAGCAGAUGACUUUCCUGGACCAAACCAAGACACUGGCUGAGUCUGCUCUGCAGAUGCUCUACGCUGCCAAGGAGGGUGGAGGAAACCCAAAGGCGUCUCAUACCCAUGAUGCCAUAGCCGAGGCAGCCCAGCUCAUGAAGGAGGCAGUGGAUGAUAUCAUGGUGACACUGAAUGAAGCUGCCAGUGAAGUGGGAAUGGUGGGAGGAAUGGUGGAGUCCAUUGCAGACGCCAUGGCCAAGCUGGAUGAAGGUACACCACCUGAACCUGAGAGUUCAUUCGUGGAUUACCAAACCAGUAUGGUGAAACACUCUAAGGCUAUUGCUGUCACUGCUCAGGAAAUGAUGACCAAAUCAGUGACAUGUCCAGAUGAGCUGGGAGGGUUGGCCUCCCAGGUGACCGUGGACUACAGCCAGCUGGCCGUCCAGGGUCGACUGGCUGCUCACACAGCUGAGCCAGAGGAGAUCGGUUUCCAAAUCAAGACUCGAGUGCAGGAACUCGGCCAUGGCUGUAUCUUCCUGGUCCAGAAGGCUGGAGCUCUGCAGAUCACACCCUCAGAUAGUUUCACUAAACGAGAGCUCAUAGAUUGUGCCCGUGCAGUCACAGAGAAGGUGUCCUUGGUGCUCUCAGCUCUCCAGGCAGGCAACAAGGGCACACAAGCUUGCAUCACAGCAGCCAGUGCAGUGUCUGGUAUCAUCGCUGACCUGGACACCACCAUCAUGUUUGCCUCUGCCGGCACACUGAACACGGAGAACGACGAGUCCUUCGCUGACCACAGAGAAAACAUUUUGAAGACCGCCAAAGCUCUGGUGGAGGACACAAAGAUGCUGGUGUCUGGUGCAGCUUCUGGACAGGACAAGUUGGCGCAUGCCGCCCAGUCCUCUGCCAAAACCAUAACCCAGCUCACAGACGUGGUCAAACUUGGAGCUGCUAGCAUUGGCUCGGACGACCCUGAGACACAGGUGGUUCUGAUAAAUGCUGUCAAAGACGUGGCCAAGGCGCUGGCCGAGCUCAUCAGUGCCACCAAGUGUGCUGCCGGAAAAGCUGCAGAUGAUCCAUCCAUGUACCAGCUGAAGAGUGCAGCCAAGGUGAUGGUGACCAACGUUACGUCUCUGCUGAAGACGGUUAAGGCUGUGGAGGACGAGGCCUCUCGCGGAACCAGAGCCCUGGAGGCCACAAUCGAGUGUAUCAAACAGGAAUUGGCGGUGUUUCAAUCCAGGGAUGCUCCCAACAAGACCACCACACCUGAGGAGUUUAUUCGCAUGACUAAAGGCAUCACAAUGGCAACAGCUAAAGCAGUGGCUGCAGGGAACUCUGCCCGACAGGAGGAUAUCAUCCAUACGGCCAACCUGAGCCGCAAAGCCAUCUCAGACAUGCUCACCACCUGCAAGCAAGCUGCAUAUCACCCAGAGGUCAGUGAGGAGGUGAAGCACAGAGCGCUGAUGUACGGAUCAGAGUGCACAACCGGAUACAUCGAUCUGCUCGAACAAGUCCUACUGGUCCUGCAGAGGCCCACUGCAGAGCAGAAGCAGCAGCUGGCAGCCUGCUCUAAACGGGUGGCAGGUGCCGUUACAGAGCUCAUCCAGAGCGCAGAGGCCAUGAAAGACGGAGGUUCAGAGUGGGUGGACCCCGAGGACCCGACAGUGAUUGCAGAGACGGAGCUGCUCGGAGCGGCAGCGUCCAUCGAAGCAGCGGCAAAGAAGCUGGAGCAGCUCAAACCCAGAGCCAAGCCCAAGCUGGCAGAUGAGACUCUGAACUUUGAGGAGCAAAUCCUGGAGGCAGCCAAGUCCAUCGCUGCAGCCACCAGUGCUUUAGUCAAAUCAGCCUCGGCUGCUCAGAGAGAGCUGGUGGCUCAGGGCAAAGUGGGCUCCAUCCCUGCUAAUGCUGUGGAUGAUGGACAGUGGUCACAGGGACUAAUCUCAGCAGCACGCAUGGUAGCAGCAGCAACCAGCAACCUGUGUGAGGCAGCCAAUGCAUCAGUGCAGGGUCACGCCAGCGAGGAGAAGCUCAUCUCCUCAGCCAAGCAAGUGGCGGCGUCCACUGCUCAGCUGCUGGUGGCCUGUAAGGUGAAGGCUGACCAGGACUCGGAGGCCAUGAGGAGACUUCAGAUUGCCGGUAAUGCUGUGAAGAAGGCGUCGGACAACUUGGUGCGAGCAGCACAGAAGGCAGCGUUUGACAAAGCAGACGAAGACAACGUGGUGGUCAAGACAAAGUUCGUGGGUGGAAUAGCACAGAUUAUUGCAGCACAGGAGGAGAUGCUGAGGAAGGAAAGAGAGCUGGACGAAGCCAGGAAGAAACUGGCUCAGAUCAGACAGCAGCAGUACAAGUUCCUGCCCAGUGAACUACGAGAGGACAACAACUAAGGAUUCAAAUUUGUGUUCUUUUAUUGGCACACUUGGACACGUAUGUGGCCUACAGCACCUUCAGAUAGAAAUCAUGUCCACAUAACAUGGAAAGAUCAUAGUCCUCUCCAAGGAGGUUUUAAAGACUACUGUCUGGAACUGACGACACUCUGAAAACAACGUUAAGAUUGUGGUGAUUUGCCUGAAGAACUGUUUUUUGUUUUGUCCUCCCAAGAAGCAUAACUUCUUUAACUUAUGUAAUCUAAACCGGAAUGUGACGUGCUGAUGACGGUACAACUCAUACACUUGUUUGUCCAUAAGCUGCAGUUUCUUUGUUUUGUUUUACCAUGUUCAGCUGAAGGUCAUACACUUUUUAAGAUGAUGAAUUGAUUGUAACGCAGUUUGAGUCACACAGCCGUUUAACUGCAACAUCACUCAGAGAGUGCAUUUCAAUAUUGGAUAGUUAGUUAAUGGUGAUUUCGUUUACUGAUGGGUUUCUCAUGCAAAAUCAAUUUUUUCUUUUUCUUUAAAGAUGCAACAAAUUCAGCAUCUUUUGUUGACGCCCAUGAAUACGCGAGUCAUCAUUUACAGCCUCUGGGAGAAUUGCGUUAAAAUGUGAAUGCUUUUCAACACUGGACAACGCAUUACCGUGGAAAGAAUAUUUAUAGUUCAUGUAUAUUUUUUAGCAGAAAGGCAUAUUUCAGGGGCAGAAAUAGCCUCACUUAUUUACCACCACUGGCAGAGUCUGUGGUGGAUCACAGACAAAUGAUCUUCCCCCGAUCCUGCCUUUAUUUUAUUCCUCAUUCACCUUCAGACAGUAAAUUGAUUUUCAUUGUGAUGCAACAACAUAGAUUGAGCUUAAGGGGGCAGUAUUGAUUUGCCUUCCACCUUCCAAAAUGGAUUAAAUUAAUUAAACAUUUCCAGCAAUACUGAACCACUGCCAUGGAUUGAUCAUAGCCAAAUUCACCUCCAAUUAUGUGCAUCUGAAAAUAACUUGCCAAUUAAGUUAUUCUCACAAAGAAAUUAAGGAAGAAUUGAGGAUGAAAGGAGUGAAUUGAAGAAACACUGCAGUUAAUCUUUCUCCUUUCUUCUUUCGUCUCUGAAGUUAAUGGUGCUCUGUGUGACUUUAUGAAUAUUCUACCUGCUGCAAUAGAAGAACCUUUUUUGUUUACCGAGUUUGAUUGUAGUGCGUCUGGUUCCCAUGUCUGACAAAUCUAUGGGCUAUAAUGUGUUGCAAAAUUAGGGUCCUGCUGUGAAAAUGCAUGGCUUUGUGCUUCAGUGGCAUCUGUUGUUUAUACAGCGAAAGAGCAAACGUUUGGAAAGAUGCACUGAGUGGGUCUGACCUCCACAUACAGACACUAAAACACGACAAGCAGCUAAAGACGGACUGAAUUCAGAUGUGUUGUCGAGCAUCUUUUUUUUUUUUUUUUUAAUGUGCAAUUGAAGGAGGGAGGGGUGUGAGGUGGGAUUCGGGGGUGGGGGGUUAAUCCACUACUCAUCAGUUGAGUCUGUAGUGUUUAUGAUUAGUGCCUUAGUCUGUAGCCCAUACAGUGUCUGGUCUGCUUCACCUCAUUGGUCAAAGGAAGGUACUGGACAGGAUGUUUCGUUUGGGAAUGUAGGUUCAUGUCCGUGGGUUUUUGUUGUCCCCCUUGUUAACAUAAUGUUCCUCUGAAGUGCUGAACCAACUGCAUCCCUUUAUCUUUUCUUAUUCUCUCUGCCACAUGUCGGGCCUUUGAGGUAUGAUAGAGGAACUGCCUGUCAAAAAUGUGUACUCUCAGUAUAGUCUACAUAUAUAUGAACACGUUUUUGUACUGCACACCAUGGGCAUGGACCACAGUGCUUUUAAAUUUCUACAGCCUGCAGAUUUAGAUCUGUUCACUGCUUUAUUGUAUGAUAUGAAGUCAUGGACAUUUUUGUUUUCCUCCCUGUACUUUUAAACCUCUGUGGUAAGAUAAAUGUGAUUAGAGCAUUUCAAUACAUCUGCCACCAUAGACAGAUGUUGUCGCGCAUUUCAACGAUAUGGAGUAUUUGAAGUGUUCUGUGUGUGUGUGUGUUUCUCGCCCCCUUAACAGAAAUACAAUAAUGAAGUUAUAGGACAAUUAAGACAAGCGAUAACAUACAGUAUGAAAGAUAUUUAUCUGGCGUCAAUAAAACUAUUUUUUGUAUUCACUGAAAGCAAGGCA